GUCGCACGGAAGUCCCGGUUGGUGCAGGCGGAGGGGAGAGCGCUCAGAGAGGGGCGGGGGAGACGGCACAGGCCGAGGAGGCAGCACGGGCCGGGGGAGGAUGGCCGGACUACGGGUGGUGGAGCUGUACAGCGGGAUGGGCGGCAUGCACUACGGCCUGACAGCAAGUGGAGCAGCAGCUGAAGUGGUGGCAGCCAUAGAUGUUAGCACUACCGCUAAUGAAGUCUACAAAUAUAAUUUUCCAAGUACUCCAUUAUGGCCCAAAUCCAUAGAGGGAAUACCAUUGAAAGAAUUGGAUUCCUUAUCAUUUGAUAUGAUCUUGAUGAGUCCACCCUGCCAGCCAUUCACACGGAUAGGCUUACAAGGCGAUGUGUCUGACCCCAGGGCAAAGAGUUUCCUGUAUCUUUUGGAAGUCCUUCCAAGACUUCAGAAAACGCCAAAAUACAUUCUUCUGGAAAACGUGAAAGGAUUUGAAUCAUCUGAAGCACGAGGCACCUUGAUCAAAACGUUGCAAAGCUGUGGGUAUCAUUUCCAGGAGUUCCUUCUCUCCCCACCAUGUCUCGGGAUUCCAAAUUCAAGGCUGCGGUACUUUCUGAUUGCUAAGCUUCAAUCGGAGCCAUUUGCUUUCCAGACCACCAAUAAAAUUCUUGAAACGUUUCCUACUACAAAUGAAUCUCAAUUGAUAAAGACUAGCUGUGAUCUUGGUUUGAAUGAGCACUCACAGGCAGACACAGAUCAGAAGCAAGCUGCAAGCAGUGCCCAGUGCCCAGAAGAAGGAACCGUAUACAAGCUGGAAACGGCUGAGGAGCUAGAGAGAAAACAGAGUCAGGACAAUGACUGCUCUGUACAGACUCUACAAGACUUUUUGGAGGAGAACACUGAAGAGAUAUGCCAGUACCUUCUGCCUUCAAAGUCAUUACUGAGAUACGCUUUGAUCUUGGAUAUCGUUAAACCCACAUGUCGAAGGUCAACUUGCUUCACAAAAGGAUAUGGGCAUUAUGUAGAAGGAACAGGUUCUGUUUUACAGAUGGCAACAGAUGUCGAGAUGAGCUCUGUGUAUAAAUCACUGGAAACAUUGUCUGACGAGGAGAAGCUCGCUAAACUUUCCACAAUGAAGCUGAGAUACUUCACACCGAGAGAAAUUGCAAAUCUUCACGGAUUCCCACCAGAGUUUGGUCUUCCAGAAAAGAUAUCAGUAAAACAAAGUUAUCGGCUGCUCGGGAACAGUCUGAAUGUGCACAUUGUUGCCAGACUCAUCACCCUCCUACUUCAGACUCACUGA